ACCAAUUCCGAAUCCGAACUACCAAAAUUCUAUUCUCCCUCCCUACACUCCCAACCACCAUUCUAACAAACUUAGACUCACAGUUCAACACUUUCACUUCACUUCAAUGAAUCACCUUCUUCACCCACACACAGUUUCCUCUCUCUCUCUCUCUCUCACUUCUUCUCUUUCUCUCUCUACAAUGCAACAACCACAUUCCUCUACCGCCAUUCCUUCUUCUUCUUCCACCUCCAACGCUGAAACUUCAUUAUCAAUCCAAAAUGCUCAAGUAUCGGAGAACCGUCCACGCCAGUCUCGCCGCGUGCGCAUCACUUACGGCGGGAGAUUCAACCGGACUAUUAGUAUCACCGAUGACUCCGCCAUUGUUAGGGAUGAUAAAUGGUCCUGUUUAGCCGUUAUCUUCAGCCUUUGGUUUUUCGUUGCGGUGACAAUGAUAAUGGGGGUUUAUGGGUCGAUGAGUGUGGCUCUAGGUCCAUGUUCUUCAAUUGUUUUUCAUCCAAACCCUGUGUUUGUGCAAUAUGUGAAGGUAGAAAACUUACAGGCAAAUCCAGGACUCAUUCUAUAUGGUACAUAUCAAUAUCCGUCUCUUGAUGUUGUUUCCACUUGGAGAGAAACUUUUAAUAUAUCUAUUCCUUAUGGCUCAGAAAAGGAAUGGAAAUUAUAUCUGAAUAGAGGAUCUGAAGUGAAUAUUUCAUAUAGCUUGAGCUCUGAGAGCUCCUCUGUUUAUCUUGUAAUUGCAGAAGGAGCUGAAAGCCUCUCAGAGUGGAUGGCUGACCCAACAUAUCCCAAUACAACUCUGUCUUGGAACAUGAUCCAUGGAACUGGUAUGAUUACGCAGGAAAUAUUCAGGUCAUCCAGCUAUUAUGUGGCAUUGGGUAAUUUGGAAGGGGAGGAAGUGGAGAGUCAGGUGGAAUUAAACCUCACUGUAAAGGCCAUCUUGCAUAAUACAACAAAUGCUUACUACAAAUGUGCCCUGACUAGUAGUCCAUGUGGUCUGAAUAUUUUCUUUCCUUAUGGAAACACAGCUGUCUUAGUUUCUCCUGCUCCACAACAGAACACAUCCAAUGAAGAGUGGUAUGUCAAACUGUCUUAUGGACCAAGAUGGCUUACAUAUAUUUUUGGCAUAGGUGGACUGACUAUGAUCAUGUUUUGGGCCUUCAACGUCUUGACUAAGCUUCAGAGUGCCCACGAUGAUCGAGUAGAAUCCAGAUCUGAAGGACCGGGUCCUGAUCAAGCCUCCUUGCUUUCUCGCAAAUAUGACGAUCGUUCAAGUUGGGGUUCAUCAUAUGAUUCUUUACCAGAGGAUGAGGAAGAUCUUGAUUUUCUCGCUGGAGGUUCUACUGAUGGGAAAUGUUUAGGUGAUGGUGAAACCAGUAAUAAUACUCGUCGUCUUUGUGCAAUUUGUUUUGAUGCUCCACGGGACUGCUUUUUUCUUCCAUGUGGGCACUGUGUGGCUUGUUAUGAAUGUGGAACUAGGAUAGUUGAGGCAGCUGGUACAUGUCCUGUUUGUCGUAGGAACAUGAAGAAGGUGAGGAAAAUUUUUACAGUAUGACCAGUGCACUGAGUCGCGGACUAAAUGAAUAGCUACCACAACCGUAGAUUACUUUUUCAUGUACACAUUAUUUUACUGGCGAUCAUUACAAUGAUCAAGCUAAUGCUAUCUGUUGAUGAGAGUCCUAUUGGUUAUUGCAUUGCAACAAAACCUGAGGGGAAAAAUGGGCGGGUAUAUUUCCAAAUUGGUUUGACCUACCAUGUGAUGCAAUGUAAUCGGUGUAUGAAUGAAAGAAAUAUCCGAAUACGCUUAGAAUAGA